AUGAGAGUGUCUAUAUCGAUUCCGCAUAAUCCUCAUAAAGAUACAACGGCACUACAAAAGGAACUCUUAGAUAUAAUUCCAAACUCUUAUGGUGGAGAUCCCGAUGAGAGGUCCGAGGUGAUCAUAAGAAUAGUUGAAGAUGUGGGGCCUCAGUGGAUAGUUUUUAAGGAUGAGAAGAUACAGCUGGUUCUAAAGAUAGUCCAGUACAAAUCCAGAGACUAUCUAAGGGUGUCCAAGCCCAUUUCAAAAGAUCAUCCACCUCAACUCAUUGUAAAUAACUUCACAACAGAUAUAGGAAUGCAGGUAGUUGAAUUUCUAGCUGGUAUGUUCCCAUUCCAUCCAAGCUCUAGACAAGUUGUAAACUUCACCGUCCAGGGUGAUUUCAUCUACUUCAGAUUAUAUAGAUACUGUUUUGGGGAAAAGAGUCCUAUUAUGGAGAAUGUUGGGCCGCAUCUGACUCUUAGGCUCUGGAAAAUAAUAGAAUACAGUGGAAAUGAGAAGAAAGUCAUGAAUUUCAAGAAGUUUAUCAAAAACUCAAGCAUACUAUGA